CUUGAACGUCCAGAGGUGCAGAAGUACUGCCUCAUGGGAGUACAAGAUUCCUAUUUCGAUUUCCACAUUUAUUUUGGAGGGUCUUCAGUGUGGUAUCACGUCUUUAAGGGAGAAAAGAUAUUCUACUUGGUUGCACCUACUCCAGAAAACUUGGAUCUCUACUUACAAUGGAUGUUGAAACCAAAUCCCCACGAAGUAUUUUUCGGCGAUAUGGUUGAUGCCUGUUAUCGAUUGGUGGUACAACAAGGGCACACCUUGUUUAUACCAACGGGAUGGAUUCAUGCCGUACUGACACCAAAAGAUUCGUUGGUUUUUGGCGGCAAUUUCUUGCAUAAUUUAAAUAUGGAGCUACAAUUGAAGAUUUACAACAUCGAAGUUGCUUCAAAAGCCCCAAUCAGAUUUCGCUUUCCUUCAUUUCAAACACUGCACUGGUUUGCAGCGGAAAGGAUAGUAGAAGAUUUGAGAGAUAUGAACAGCAAAGGUUCUCGUUGUCAGGAGCAGUUCAUUCGAGGGAUCAGAGCGUUGGCCGCCGCACUGAAAAGCUGGACGAUAGAAAAAGAUAAUGGCAAAGGAAGGAGCGAACCAAUCCCCGAACGUAUCUUAGUACCUAAACUACUAAAAGAAUUAAGUCGGGAGCUUCGUCAUGUCGAGAAGAACUCUAAUUUGUCCAUCCCUCAGUCUCCAGUGGCACCAUCUCUGCCGAUAGCCAAAAUUGAAAAAACUUCUCCGAAAAGAGUCCGUCGUAAGAGAGUCAGCAGUAGUCUACAUUCAAGUACAAUAGCGUACACGAUCUCCCCACGUCUACAGCAGGUAAUCGAUCUGGCUUAUCUACACCGAGAUCGGAGACUGGAUAAAAAUAUAUUGAUGAAAAUAUAUUACUUUAUGUGGUAA